AUGGCGACGACGCUGGCGGUGCGGCGCCGUGCGGUGUGCGCCCUGGCGCUCCUCGCGCUGCUCUGCGGGGCGGGAACUGUGGCGCCUGCUGAAGCGCCUCCGGUGAUUGUGUCGGUGGAGGUGUCGUGCCUGAGCACUGAACAGAAGUUGAGUUGGCGCUUUUCUGGCAAGGGGCAUUCUGCUGACUGGAGGAAGUGCCAUAGCACACCGGAUGUUUUUGGGAGCGGUGAAAGCGAUGCCCUCAGUGCUUCCCUUUGCAUCUUUGCCGCGUCGCUAUACAACGACCCCGGAUUGGGCGUGGAAUGCCCUUCCUCGCCCACAGCAGGGGAAACCAAGAAGGUUGCAUUCACUAUGGAAUGCACGACGGAUGAAGGCAGUGUGAUGCACAGGCGCUCGAAGGGCGAAACCGCCACCUCCACUGCAACGGACAAUCCACUGGGUGAGUCAGGCAGCUGUGUGUUACGGACCUCCAGUCGAAGCACGGCGCACCAGCACGAGGAUGCGCCUCAGGGAGCUCGGCCACCCGCUGCAGAAGAACAACACCCACGACCACCGGAGGCAUCUGCGGCUUCGCCAUCACCGAGGACAGAGCCCAGGGCAGCAGAUGCACCCGGAGGUACACAAACACCUUCAACCCCCCAAGGCCGAUCUGGCACCCCCAACGCCGCCCCUCCCGCCGGCGGCAACGAUGCAACCACCGCCACUACUACAACGACGACCACCAGCAGUCCGAGUGCUGGGAGCCACGCGAAAAGCAACGCGGACGGCAGUGCCACCAACAGCAACACCACUCAGAAAGCCGUGGCAAACGCUGCGGAUCGCAGUGCCACCUCCACUCCGUUUGUGCGUGCACCUCUCAUGCUGCUACUCACGGCCGCCCUUGCCUGCGCUGCUGGGUAA